AUGUCUGAUGGGACUUCUACAACGAGUACGGUAUCUAUGAAGCCGCCUCUAUUUGUGGGUGUCAAUUUACCGGCUAAACAUGGAGUUUCAGAUCAUUUAGUUGUAGAGGCUGCCCUGGACCAGGGAUAUGAUAUGGUGACUUCGCGACUGACCUCAAGAUCGUAUCGUAAGCGGAUCCAAGCUCUGUUUCAUGAACUUGAAAUGGUAACACCGAGCCCUGAUGAGCAUCUUGGAAACCAAGGUAGUAACAAUAAUCAUGGGGCAUUUUCUUUCUCGCAGCAUCAAGCAUCACAUAGUCACAGCCACUCCUAUCCACAUCGCAUAUUUUCAGAUGGUGCCGAUUUGUCCCCAUAUAACAGUCCCAGUAUGUCCCAUAGCAAUGGGGUUAAUGGGGCACGAGAUACUGCCAUAGUGUCACGGCAGUCAUCUGAACCUCCAAUACAGCAACUUCCCACUGGUACCUUAGUUGAGGCAGAGAUUCCAGCUCCUGAGCUCGAAGACGUAGUAGUACACCCUGGGGACCAUGUCUCAAAUACAAUUGCAUUGGCCGCUCCCUGGGUCGAAAUCGAUUCGAAAAAUCCUCGAGUAGCGAACCUAUCUCUUCAGGUCUUGUCACACGAAUUAAAAUACGCCACCUUUUGUGGGCUGCCAUAUGUCAUUAUUUCGGGACCCAAACGAAGAACAAAUGUUAUCCAAUAUGCACAAGCUCUGAACACUUUACUCAUGGCUAAUCCCACUUUACAGGUGUCAAUUCAUUUACCUCUGACUGAAGAAUUUACAAAGUCAGCAACACUAGUACCUCCAUCUGACUAUCUAAGCAUAUGGGAAGUAUGGAACACCAUUCGCAACACUUGUAACUAUCCUCAUAACAUCUCUGUGGCCUUACAAUUACCAAGACACACACUACCAGACUAUGUUGUCAACCGGUGGUUUGCCGAACCGGUAUCAAUGAUAAUCGUUUCGUCACGAUCAUUUGUGCGAAACGCAAAGGGAUACCCUGUUUUGCCAAAAUCCUCUCAGACAGUGCUCAACAAAUUCUUCAAGAAGAAUCCUUUUCUUAUCAUUGAAGAUCCACAGGAUUCGACUUCAUUUGUGGGUGGUGAUACUGCAUUCUUAUUAUAUCUUCGUCAUCUCUAUCAGACUUCGCCUCCGCCCUCUAUUAUUGAAGGCUUUGCUGCUGGCUAUACAGACUACUUGCAAGCACCACUACAACCUUUGAUUGAUAAUCUUGAUAGUGCUAUGUAUGAGGUAUUUGAGCGAGAUCCUAUCAAGUACAAUCAGUAUGAGAAGGCCAUAUUCCAUGCUCUCUUGGAUAGACCAGGAAAAGAAGUGGUAAUUGGCGUUGUUGGGGCUGGCAGGGGUCCCUUAAUUGACCGAGUCUUAAAAGCGGCCUCGGCAGCCAAUCGUACAGUCAAGGUGUUGGCAUUGGAGAAGAACGAUAGUGCUUAUAUUUAUUUAUUAAAAAGACAGGCUCAGGAUUGGGGCUCUGCUGUACAAAUUAUUCGGGGUGAUAUGAGAACAUGGGUGCCACCUCCAAACACACCUGCUGUGAACAUCCUUGUGAGUGAACUUCUUGGCUCGUUUGGCGACAAUGAGCUAUCUCCUGAAUGUUUGGAUGGAGCCCAACGACUUCUGGACCCGGUAAAUGGCAUUACCAUCCCAUCAUCAUACUCCUCUCAUAUCACCCCUAUAUUUUCACCAAAACUUUUCGCAUCUGCCUGGAGUUUAUCGGCAGCUAACAGCUCAGGGUCACAGUCUGGAAACGGUCCAGCUACAAACUCCCAUUCAAUCGCCAGUAUAAGAGCUAGUAGACCAGGGAUGUGCAGUGCAGAUGCUCUCCACUCGCCAUAUGUCGUAAUGAUGGAACAAGUCGACUUUGUUUCCGAAAAAAUCAUCCAGGCUUGGACGUUUACCCAUCCUAUUCAGAAUAUGCUGCCCAACAAUCAACAUAAUGUUCGCAAGUGCAAAGCAACAUUUCCAGUACCUCAUAAAACUGUAGUACAUGGUAUAGCUGGUUAUUUUGAGGCGGUACUAUACAAGGAUAUCCACCUGUCAAUCCGCCCAGACACAAUUGAGGCCAAAUCCAAAGACAUGGUAUCUUGGUUUCCAAUCUGGUUUCCUCUAAGUCAACCGUUGGUUCUGGGCGAUGAUUCUGAAGUCGACGUUAGUAUCUGGAGACUGUCAGAUGGCCGAAGUGUGUGGUACGAAUGGGCUGCAGAAGGAUAUGCUACAGUUACAAUGCCCGACACUGGUAGAGGUACCUCUGUAAGGAGGAUAAGAUCCGGUAGCACUGCCUUCCACAACAGCGGAGGAAAGUACUCGUCCAUGACCCUAUAA